GAUGGGCGCGGACAAGGCUAAUGGUGUGGUCAACUACUGCCGGCGCCCGCCGCAGCGUCCCUUGCUGCAGAAGAUACGGUACGCGAUAUGGAAUCCAGAGGAGAGGACCUUCUUAGGACGAACGGGACAUAGAUGGGGUGUAAUAGGUCUUAUCUACCUGGUGAUGUACAUUUGCAUCAUAAUCUUCUUUUCCAUCUGCAUGUGUGGUCUGCUCGCCACCAUGGACGACAGGAUACCCUACUUCACACUCGCUGACUCUAUCAUAGGUGACAACCCCGGCAUGGGCCACCGUCCGCUGGUGUUCGAGGAGGGUGCGCUGAUCUGGUACGACGCGGAGAACGCAUCGCAGUACGACAAAUACGUCCGAAGUAUCGACCAGUUCCUUGCACCUUACGAGAACAAAUCGCUGCUGGAGACGAAGGGUGAGAAUCAGCGCGAUUGCGGGGAUGUGAAGCCGCCACGCGCAGAAGUGUGCGCCUUCAAUACCAGCCUGCUGGGGCCCUGCGCUCGCAAGCAUGCUUACGGUUAUCCGGCCAGGACGCCGUGCAUCAUCAUCAAGCUAAAUAAGUUGUACGAUUGGAACCCCAUAUUCUACGACGACCCCGCAGCGCUGCCGCCCGGCAUGCCUCCAGAUAUCAAGGACUACAUCAACACAACAAAAACACCUCAAGAGCGUCGCAAGGUGUGGGUAUCGUGUGCAGGCGAGCGGCCUGCGGACGUGGAGGCGCUCGGCCCGCUGCGCUACUGGCCCUACCCCGGCCUGCCAGAGACUUACUUCCCGUACGAUAACACGCCCGGAUACCUUAGCCCUCUGGUCGCCGUUCAGCUACUCAAACCUACUCUGCACCAGAUCAUCAACAUCCGCUGCCGCGCGUGGGCGCACAACAUCCGCUACACGGAGAGCCUGAAAGAGCGGCUCGGUUCCACGCAUCUGGAGAUCAUGAUUGACUGAAUUCAGGACCAACACAACUUUAGUAUUUAGCACGGGGCUGGAACUUAGACCAACAAAUGCACACAACUUUUCAAAAGCUUUAUUUUAUACUAGCUGUUCCCGUGCGACUUCAUCCGCAUGAAAUUAUAAAAACUUUAUUGUUUACAUUUGUCAAAUUUUUUAUUGCAAAUAACAAUGCAAAAAAUGACAACGAUGGCAAUUUUGCCUCCUUGAUGUUGGCAGCUUGUAGUUCAUUAUCCCUUUCCCACAUGAAGGUUGUUCCAAUUUAUUGACCCCCUUUGAUAGCGUGAAAAUAUAUAGCCCAAGGGUUUUUUUUUAUUAAAGAACGAAUUAUUCAAAAAUGUGGCUUUUUCUGAACAAAAUUAUUUGAGUAACAUAAUACAUACGUGUGUAAGAAGUUCCAGCCCAUUUAUGUAGCUUUUAGUGAUGUGCCUUAUGUGACAACUGUGCAAACUGUGCAAACUCGAUGUUAAAUAAUAAUUUUAACACUGAUUAGUUAUUAUGAACGUAUUUAAUGUUACAAUUGAUGUCAGUUUUGCACAUUGUAACCACACGGUGAGAUUGUAUUUUUAGAUAAUUUUAUUAUUUAUUCUUCGA